AUGGCCCAGGAGCUCAGCGAGAAGGAGCUCUUAAAGAUGGAGGUGAAGCAGCUGGAGAAGGAAGUGAAGAACCCAAGAGCUCCGAUUUCUAAGACAGGAAAGGAAAUCAAGGAUUAGGUGGAGGCCGAAGUAGGAAACGACCCUCUUCUCAAAGGCAUCCCUGAGGACAAGAAUCCCUUCAAGGAAAAAGGCGGUUGUAUGUUAAGCUGA